AUGCAUAUCGAUCAGAUCAUGUUCGGAACAAUCAGAACUCUGAAACCCACAAUUGUCUUCGUUACGGGAGCCUGGCACAAACCUCAUCUCUAUGCAAGCCUUCUCGAAAGUCUCCGAAAGAACAGCUUCCCUGUUAUAGCACCCUGUCUGCCCUCUGUGGGUGGGGUUUGCGACAGCUUCUACGACGAUGUGAACGUGGUUCGCAAAAUCAUUGCCGACGAAAUAUCCCAAGGUCAUGAGAUCGUGGUGCUCAUGCACUCAUACGGCGGCAUGGUCGGCAGCGCAGCAGUACAAGGAUACUCGAAGCAAGAAGUGCCCAGAGGUGGCGGAGUGAUACGGAUGAUAUACAUGGCAGCGUUUGCGCUGGAAGCAGGACUCAGUCUCAUGAAUGCACUGAACGAUACACCAUUACCUUGGUGGCGAUCAGCGAACGAAAAACAAUGGCAAGCGGCCAACUCGAGCUACAUCUUCUACAACGACGUAGAUGCCAGCCUGGCAGAGGCGUGCACUGCACAGCUGGAUCUGCAAGCAAAAGGAUGUUUCAAGAGCAAGCAGACGUAUGCUGCAUGGAAGUACAUCGAUUCGACGUACAUUGUCUGCUCUCGUGACAAUGCGAUUCCGAAGCAGGCGCAGGUGGCCAUGGCAAGUCAGCCCGGAGGCAGGUUCACAAUCGAGUACCUGGACGCUGGGCAUAGUCCAUUCUUGUCGGUGCUGCAUCAAACGGUGGAGAUGAUCCGCAAGACCAUCUGGGAACCGAUGUGA